AUGACCGACCCAUCACAUACUACAGCUAAGCCAUCAGCUUGGGAGAAAACCAAGACGGGCGGUAAAGCUGCUUUUGAUAAAGGAUGGACUGCAUUCGAGAAGUUGGGAGGACCAGUUAACAAGCUCACAAAUAAGAUUGGAUCUGAGGCUUUCUGGCCAACAGCGAUGGAGAAAGAAUGCGAAAAGGCUGCUCGUAUCCUCAAGUCCUUUUGUAAAGAUGGAUUUAUGGCGGAGCAACAAAAAGAUGCAUCCCAGGACUCAGACACUAAGAAGAAAGUCCAAGAUGGCCCUAGUAAACCACCCAAGGUUCUUGUCAAAAUCCCUCAAAAGGUUAUCAAGAACUGUGUCGGCCUCGCAAUUUAUACUACAAUGCGGUCUGGGCUAUGGGUAUCUGGAGCUGGUGGAUCAGGCGUCUUGAUUGCCAAGAACGAAAAUGGACAAUGGUCACCGCCAUCUGGGAUUCUCGUUCACACUUUAGGCGUAGGAUUCAUGGCCGGAAUUGAUAUUUAUGACUGUGUCAUUGUUAUUAACGACCGCAAGGCUCUUGAAGCAUUCAGCAAAUUACGUGUCUCUCUUGGUGGUGAGAUAUCCGUGGUGGCUGGACCGGUCGGCUCGGGAGGAAUACUGGAUAGUGAAUUGUUGAAGAGUAGAAAGCCAUUAUUCUCCUACAUGAAGAGCAGAGGUUUAUAUGCAGGAGCACAGGUUGAUGGAACCAUAAUUAUCGAACGCAACGAUGAGAAUGCAAGGUACUAUGGGGAAAGGUUGCCGGUAGCACAGAUUUUGCAGGGAAGAGUCCCCUCACUUCCGCCAACGGCUGAAUUAUUGAUGGAGGUCGCGAAGGAUGCAGAAGGAAGGCCAGAUUUAAAUCAGUCGGUCUUACAACAAGUUUACGAUAAGCCGGCUCCAGCAGACGUGGAAGUUGUGCAUUCAGGAGAAGCGAGUGCAGAUGAGAAGAAGAAAUAUGGAAACCCGAACACGGCCGAAGGUUAUGCGACUCAGCAACAAUUGCACGGAUAUCAACAGCAGCAGCAUCCGGGCUAUACACAGGGUAACGAUCAAUAUUAUCCUCCCCCACCACCGAGACCACUGCCUCACCAAGAUUUCAACCCCUUGGCAGAAAAUCCUCCGGCUUACUAUCCGCCUCCGUCGGAAUUUCCACAGCAGCAAGCAAGCGGUGCACCUGCAGAUAGCUACUAUGCACCCGAAAAACCACCCCGCCCAACCUAA